AUGUACGAGCACUGGUCAGACGGAAUAUCGAUCGGAUUUGAUUUCAUUGUGGGACCAAUAUCGUUUGUAGCUAACCUCAUUCUGAUUUACGUUAUUCUCAAAUACACUCCAGAAUCGAUAAAAACUUAUGCAUCAAUUAUUUUUGCACUCACUAUAUCCGAUUGUUUGAGUUUUUGUGGCACCAUGAUGUCUUCGGCAAGAUUACUGCCCCGUGGCAGUCAGCUGUUUUUCGUUUUCAGAGGAUUAUGUAAAUGCUGUUUCCAAGAUGACCUCGAGUUUCGAUCUAAAUCCUCUAAGGAAUGA